AUGUAUGCAGACCUUCUCAAACUCCCAAAGAAUUCCACAUUCGCCUCUCAACCCGUUACCUACUAUGACCAUUAUCACGACAUUUCACAGUAUAAUAUUCACCUAAAUGUCUUUGAGAAGGCCUGGACGGCGUGGUACGCCUACAUGCAAAACGAUGUCUUGGCCACCGGUAUCAUGUCCUUUGUCAUGCACGAGGUGGUCUACUUUGGCCGCUGCAUACCGUGGAUGAUCAUGGACUACAUCCCAUUCUUCAAUCAAUACAAGAUCCAAGGCCAAAAAAUGCCUACACUCGCCGAACAAUGGGGCUGCGCUCGCCUCGUCCUCCUCUCACAUUUUACUGUCGAGCUUCCUCAGAUAUGGCUUUUCCACCCUCUGGCACAAUACUGCGGCCUCUCUAGCACUGUUCCAUUCCCUCCUUGGUGGAAAAUGGCGUACCAGAUUGCUAUUUUCUUCGUUCUCGAAGAUGCAUGGCAUUACUGGUUACACCGCGCCUUGCACACCCCGAGCCUCUACAAGAAGAUCCACAAGCUGCACCACCAAUACUCCGCACCCUUCGGACUGGCGGCUGAAUACGCGAGCCCUAUCGAGACCAUGAUUCUAGCUUUCGGCAGCGUAGGCAUCCCCAUCAUUUACACCCUCUUCACGAAAGACCUGCACAUUCUGACAAUGUACAUCUGGAUCGUGUGCCGAUUGUUCCAGGCGAUCGACUCGCACUCCGGAUACGAAUUCCCAUGGUCACUGCACCAUUUUCUGCCCUUCUGGGCCGGUGCGGACCAUCACGAUGUGCACCACGAGAAAUUCAUCGGCAAUUACGCCUCCAGCUUCCGGUGGUGGGAUUACUGCCUAGGCACCGAGGCCGGUAGCGUGUGCGAGGCGAGAGAAAAGAAGCAGAAGCUUGCUGCGGGUAAGACACUGUAA